AUGGGUCCAGAAUUUAACCAUACUACUACUAAUGGUAACUCUACUCAACAACUUAGCGAUCAACGAUACGUAAUUAAAAGGGAUGGGCGUCAUGAAGCAGUGCAUCCAGGCAAAAUUUUUUCUCGCGUUGCAAAGCUAUGUUAUGGACUUGAUAUGUGCUAUAUUAAUCCGGAUUUGAUCACAGAAAAGGCGUCCAGAGGCAUUUAUACUGGAGUAACAACUGUUGAAUUGGAUAAUUUGGCGGCUGAAGUGGCUGCUUCAAAUACUACAGUUCACCCAGAUUAUGCUUUGCUUGCUGCCAGAAUUGCUGUUUCAAAUCUGCACAAAGAAACGAAAAAGGUUUUCUCAGACGUGGUCAGUGAUCUCUACCAUCAUAAACACUCAAAAAACGGGGAACAUUUGCCGUUGGUUAGCGAAGAGCUUUACAAAACUGUUACUGCAAAUAAAGAGAAACUCAAUUCAGUAAUUAUUUAUGAUCGUGAUUUUCACUAUACUUAUUUUGGCUUUAAAACACUUGAACGAUCUUACCUUUUGCGAAUCAAUGGAAAAGUAGUUGAGAGGCCACAGCAUAUGUUGAUGCGUGUUGCUGUUGGGAUACACAAAACUGACAUUGAGGCUGCAAUAAAUACUUACAAUCUCAUGGGCGAGCGUUGGUUUACUCACGCCUCUCCAACUUUAUUCAACGCGGGUACAAAACGUCCACAACUUUCUUCUUGUUUUUUGCUUUCAAUGGUUGGCGAUUCAAUUGAAGGAAUUUUUGAAACAAUAAAUCGUUGUGCUUAUAUCUCAAAAUCGGCUGGAGGAAUUGGACUUUCCAUUCAUUCAAUUCGUGCUUCGGGUUCUUUGAUCUCUGGAACAAAUGGAAAUUCGAAUGGAAUUAUUCCAAUGUUGCAAGUUUUUAAUUCUGUGGCACGUUAUAUUGAUCAGGGAGGGAAUAAGGUUAGUAAAAAAAGAAUAGAGGGGGAUGAUUAGGAGUUGCCGUUUUUGAGUCGGGCCGCCGGUCGAGUCAUUUUUUCGGGCCUCGUUUUUAUCGAAUCGGGCCGUACGAGUCUUUUUCGGGCCAAAUAUCUUAUUGUUAGACCCGACUCAUCUUUCGGUCCGAACCGCACCAUUUUGGCAACCCUAAUGAUGACUAUAGUCG